CCCCGGCCGCCGCCGCGGGGGGUCACGCGUGGGCGAGCAUCCCGCGUGGGUGCCCGGGGCGAGUGUCGCGGGUGGGCGCCCCGCGGGGCGGAGGGAGGGUCAGGGCCACAGGGCCGCCGUUACCUGGGGUGCCGGUGCUGCGGGAGCGCGGCGGGGAAGCCCCAGCCGCCGCCGCCGCCGCCGCUGCUGCUGCUGCUGCUGCUGUCCGCGGUGGCCACCUGGGCGCGGGAAUCGCCGCCGGUACUGGUGCCGGUGCCGCCGAGCUGGAUGCCGCCGCUUUUCCGGUGCCUGCCGGUGCCGCUGCGGCAGCGGCCGCCCCUGCUCCAGCCGCGCAGGAGGCCGGCCUCGGAAGCCGGCAAACUCUUCCUCGCCGACGAGGAACCGGGGACGCUGCCCGCCUCCUGCCUGCCGCCGGUGCCGUGUCUCAUGGCGAGGAUCCAAGAAAAGGAGAAGCUGGAAAGAGAACGAAAGGGGAAGCAGGGAAAAAAAAUAAAAACCUCAACCAAAAAGGCAGCCCCGCAUCAAGGAUGGUUCCACUCCGCCGCCGCGAGCAAACCCCGGCGUGCCCACGUUUAUAUAUGUCUGCAGCGACAUCCCCGUUCUGCACCGGCGGCCUGUCCAGCACCUGAGCCCGGGAGCCCCCGCAGUGCCGCCGGCCCCGCCGGGCAGGGCAAGCGUCCAGGUGCCUGGCCGCCGGCUCCCGGGGCGAUGCGGCGGGACCCCAGCACGGCUCUGCUCGGCGGGCUGGGCACGGUCCCCCUGCUCGGCCCCGGCCCGGGGGGUGACCCUGCGCCCUGUCCGUGCCCGCUGGCCCGGCGGCGGGAGCCGGGACGGAGCGGGGCACGGCACCGCGUUGCCCCGGGGCAGGUUCCCGGCCUCGCCGGGCACAGGCAGGAGCUCCCGAUCUGGUUAUGCAACGCCGCACAGGCAAUUGGAGCAAAACCUUGACAGAGAGCGCUAUUUUUUUUUCUUGUUUCAAAGUAGGUCAUUCUUUUUAUUCUCUAAUUUGCCUUUUUUUUUUUUCUUACUAAUCCUCCUGCAAAGUGGCCGGUUAGAGAGAAAGCGGUGUGCUGGAGCCGGGGAGAAGCUGGUGAUCGGAGCCUUGCUCUCUACUCGACGGGCACUCCUGCCGGCUUCUGGCGGCGGCUCCAGCAGGGUCUGGCGUUGCUCUUCCUCCCCAAGGAGGGCAGCGAUGGCCAGGUAGUGAGGCCACGGCUCGGGCGCUGCCCGCUGCUCUCCCCAGGUCUCACGCCGGCGGAAGCCCCGGGCUCCUCCUCCCCCGGGCGCCGCCGACUAUUGCCCCCUGCCUCCUGUCGCCCUCGCACCGCCUCUGCACCUGGGGCUUGCUGGCGCUGCUGGCAGGCACCUCUUCCACCCGCAGAAGGGAUCUCCCCCCGAGAUACAGUAUUUGUUUUCAGAACAGUUGUGGUUUUUUGCUCAGAGGAGGGAUUUGUUGCGGUAGCUUGUGCAAGCUCUGUUCCCACCAAAAGGCCUGACUGCACAGCCAUACCUGUGGCAGCAAAAUUUGUGUGGUGGGCCAGGGGCUGUUUCCCCAUCUCCCCCGGUACAUCCUGCCUCCUUUUUUAAAAGGCACGUUAAUCCUCGCGAAAUACCCGCCAGCAGAGACCUCUGCCCACACCGGGCAUGCAUGUGUGGUCACAGUGUAUGGACUGAUGGGUGCUCCAGCUACCUGGCUCCAGCAAGGAGCUGUGCUGCUGCUUCUUCCACUACUCCCACCACCUAGUUAUCCCACUGUGAUGUCCAGCUCCCCCAUACACUACAUCCAGACAGUUAUUUGAUCUGAUUCAGUCCCCUAUGCAAAUGUUAAUAACUACAAAGUUAUGGAAAAAUGUUGCGCUCCUUUGCUGAGCACUUUUACACCAUACUUUAUACAACAGGCAUGACUAAUGUUGAAAGGGUAAAGUUGUUUACUUUCAACCAAGAUUAAAUACAAAACUUUGUAAAGCUCCUCCCUUCCUUUGGAUGAAACCCAGCAUUUCUUUCCCAUUUGGAAAUUGUCAAACAGUGGUUAAACAAUCCUUUGGCAAACAAGUAGUGCCUGAGGGAAUAAAGCAUCAGAUACAUGGGGAAUGGAAUAAAAGACAUUUCUGUUCCUGAGGUA